ACGUGAGCGUUCCUUCAUGGACUUUGCCUAUACUGCCUCUUCCAUUCUAUUUUCUAUUUCACACCUCUCCCCCAAUCCUUGUACUGCCUAAAAUUAUUUGUUUCUUUGUUCUCAACGAUCUCAUCCUCAGCUUCUUUCUGGGAUUUUCUCUUCAGGUUACCUGGUCCUGGAAGUUGUUCAUUUAAUCAUUUGUUGAUAGUCGGUAUUGAAGACUGGUUAGUCAAGACAAUUAUGCCUUGUUUUUCUUUCUUAUUUGGUCGGAAGUUUGGUUCUUCAGCAGAAAGUUCUUUUGGGGUUGACGAAGAGGUUGCAGGCAUUCACAAUGUUAAACUCUACACCUACAAAGAACUAAGAAAUGCUACAGAAGAUUUUAAUCCGGCCAACAAAAUUGGGGAAGGUGGUUUUGGUUCAGUAUACAAGGGAAAGCUUAAAGAUGGGAAAAUUGCUGCUAUAAAAGUUCUUUCAGCUGAAUCCAGACAAGGGGUUAAAGAGUUCUUAACAGAGAUUAAUGUGAUAUCAGAGAUAGAGCACCAAAAUUUAGUUAAGCUAUACGGCUGCUGUGCGGAAGGAAAGCACAGAAUUUUAGUCUACAACUAUCUUGAGAAUAACAGUCUCGCACAAACUCUUCUUGGAGGAGGUCACAGUCACAGUAACAUCCAAUUUAGUUGGAGAACACGAUCUAAAAUCUGCAUUGGUGUAGCACGAGGGCUUGCCUUCCUCCAUGAAGAUUUACGGCCACACAUUGUGCAUAGAGAUAUCAAGGCCAGCAAUAUUCUCCUUGACAAAGACCUUACUCCCAAAAUUUCAGAUUUUGGUCUAGCGAAGCUUAUCCCACCUAACAUGACUCAUGUCAGUACACGUGUGGCUGGAACAAUAGGUUACCUGGCACCAGAGUAUGCAAUAAGGGGGCAGCUGACGAGGAAAGCAGACAUUUAUAGUUUUGGUGUCCUGCUUGUGGAAAUUGUCAGUGGGAGAUGCAACACAAAUACACGGUUACCUGUCGACGAACAAUAUCUUUUAGAAAGGACUUGGGACCUUUAUGAGCGAAGGGAACUGGUUGGGCUUGUGGAUACGUCACUGGACGGUGACUUUGAUGCUGAGGAAGCUUGUAGAUUUCUUAAGAUUGGUUUACUCUGCACACAAGAUGCUCCAAAGCUUCGUCCCUCCAUGUCUACAGUGGUCAAGCUGCUAACUGGUGAGAAGGACCUUGAUGAUAGUAAGAUAACAAAACCAGGUCUAAUUACUGAUUUCAUGGAUCUCAAAGUAAGAGGCCCCCCAAAAGCAAAAUCCCAGAAAAAGACAUCUUAUGAUAAAACCAACUCUGAAACAAAGAGUAAAUCUAAUGUGUUUACUGACUCUGGAAAACUGGAUGAGUCAACCUUGUUGUCAUCAGGAAACUCAACAAGUGCAGCCACGAGCUUAACUGCGUCGUACGAUUAAAGUAUUUAAACGUCAGUGUGAAAAAGCACAUCCAUUGAUUUUUUCUUUUCUUUUUUUUUUUUUUUUUUGGGGGGGGGGGUUCUUUUAAGGCUUUUAAUCGUGUAAAUUCCGGAACCAUGUUCCUUUCUUGUUCUUUCUUUCUAGGUAAUUUCUUUUGGCUACGCAAGUUUGCCCGGAUGUAUUCUUUCUUGUAAAUGGAUGAAGUUCAGUAAAAUGAAGAAAAUGUACUGGGUUUUGAUCUC